CCUUCCUGAUUUUAUAACAGCCUCCUUGAGACAAGGGUUAAUGUUCAUUAACCUUUUUGAUUGCUUUUAAUUUACAUAUAUUAUCCCUUCAAAAUAGGAGAGAAACAAAAUUGGAAAGGGGUAAAAAUAUAUCAUUUUAAAGAAAACCCAUAUCAUGUACUUAAGUAGUGGGAGAGGGAUUGCAUGCACAAACUACAUACAUAACUAGAAAUUAGAUUUAAAAAGCAAAAAGACAAAUAUACAUGCUUAUCUGGUAUCUCAAACACUUUUUACUUUCAACUAAAUGUAUUUGCAGUACCUGUUAAGCAUAAACACAAGCAGCCAGUUUUGCAGAAAUGAAAUUGACUAUUUCAUCUAUAUUUGACAGAAGGAAUGAUGUCGACGGUGACACACGCUCUUGUACAAAUAGUCUGCUGGGAUUUUUAAUGUCCACCCUAAAUGGUGCCAAUAGAACCUUGGUGCAAUAUUGCAUUCAUUAAACCCCGCUGCACGUUAUGCAAUCAAUCUUUGGAAUAAGACAGAAACCCUCAAUUUUUUCCUUUCAUUAAUGAGUGCUGCCAACAAGAAUCCAGCUGAAGAAUAACCUGCUUUAAUUUUGGCGUCAGACACCAGCACUGUGCUAAAAUGAUUAACCGUAUUCCAGUUGCAUUGAUUGCCUGCGGCUCCUUCAACCCUAUCACAAAUAUGCACAUGCGAAUGUUUGAACUUGCUAGAGAUCAUCUUCAUCAAACAGGACUGUAUGAAGUUAUCAAGGGUAUCAUUUCCCCUGUUAAUGACAGAUAUGGGAAAAAAGGACUAGUGACAGCAAAGCAUCGUGUUGCAAUGGUUCAAUGUGCUCUGGAGACCUCAGACUGGAUUACCCAGGACCCAUGGGAGAGUCAGCAGGAACAAUGGGUGGAGACUGUAAUGGUGCUGAGGCACCAUUACAAUGUGUUGUUUCAUCAAUAUCACCCUAAGAAUGGAACGUCUCCAGAAAGCUCAAAAGCUCUAAAACAGGCGGAUUUGUCCAAUGCUCAGUCAGUUGCACCAAGGCUAAAAUUACUUUGUGGAGCGGAUGUUUUGAAAACCUUUAACAAUCCCAAUCUGUGGAAGGAUGAACACAUUGAGGAAAUAGUUCAGAAAUUUGGUCUGGUUUGUAUUAGCCGUGGGGAUGUGCAUCCACAGAGGUUUAUUUAUGAAUCAGAUAUUCUCUUUAAACAUAGGCACAAUAUCCAUGUGGUGAGGGAAUGGAUACUGAAUGAUUUAAGUGCUACUCACAUUCGACGUGCAUUACGUAGAGGACAAAGUGUGAAAUAUCUACUCCCAGAAAGUGUCAUUGACUACAUCCAACAACACAAUAUAUAUACUGCAGAAAGUGAACUGCAGAAUAUUAAUGAGAUGCUGCAGCCAUUAAAAGCUCAGCACAGUAUGAUAAAUGUGCUAAAUGAUUAAAGUAUAAUUGAUAAUUUAGUUUGUCAGAGUCAACAAAUGUUUUGUAACUUGCAACGAAAAAUGCUGUUUGAAAAUGUCAUGGUGUGGAAGAAAUGAGUUCACAUUUUAACUGUAUUUCUCUCUUACCACCUGAAAAAAAAUGAUUAAAGUUUAUUGGGUAUAAUUAAUUAGGCAUUUUCAAUAUUGAAUUCAAGUCAAUGGAAAUUAAAAGAGAAUGCUGGUUUGACUGAGGAUACAUGUCAAAAUAGUAAGUCAUUAUAGCUUUUAGAGUCACAGCGAUGUUGUGAGAAAAAAAAGGGAGAAAACGACAAACUAACUUGCUAUCAAGGUUUUAAGAUGAUUAGAUACAAAACUUUGCCUCCAGUUAUCCCAAAAUUUACACUAAACUCACCCUUUACUUCCAUGGGUCAUGGGUAUCACUGACAAGGAGAAAGUGAGGACUGCAGAUGCUGGAGACCAGAGUUGAAAAAUGUGG